UGAGUAGUUUACUCGAUAUAGUAUUUCUGUGGAUCCACGAUUCCGUUUUGUUGUUGACUUGUUACCUAUAUAUGUUUCCUCUUCUGCGGUUCUACUCUCCGCUUCACACCUCCACGCUCACGCGCGCAUGUCACCGGAUCGCCAUGGCAACCGCAGGUGCUCGACCUCCGGCGUCGACAUCACCGUCGUCUCCGCCAAGGACCUGAAGAACGUGAACUGGCGUCACGGCGAUCUCAAGCCCUGCGUCAUCAUCUGGAUUGAUCGCGACCGCCGUAUAGCAACUAAAUCUGAUGAUUCCGGCUCGACCAAACCCGUCUGGAACGAGAGUUUCGUUCUCCCUCUCACGCAAUCGCCACAGGAAUCGCUGCUCACCGUUGAGAUCUCCCACUCUGUUCCCUCCGAAACCUCCAAGCCGUUAGUAGGCACGCUCCGGCUCCCGCUCAAGGACCUGGUUGACUCGGGCGAUUCAACUAAGGUGAGAACGUUCCAGCUCCGCCGCCCCUCCGGUCGUCCUCAGGGUAAGAUACGACUCAAAAUCGCCGUCUGGAAAAUCCAGGAAUACCAAAUUCCUCCUCCGUCUAGCUACUAUUACUCAUCCGCCCCUCCGCUGCCGGCUACACGUGACUACAGGCCACACAAUCCAUCUCCUUGCAGCUCACACUCGCCUCCAUUACCUGCAACCGCCUCACCACCGCCUCCUCCGCGGCCGUGGCAAUCCACCGCGCCAGGACCGAGUGCACCGGAGGAUUAUGCACAGUUAGAUCACAAACGCAGCAGAAAGAUGGGAGCGGGAGCUGGAUUGGCUGCCGGAGCGGCUGCCGGAGCUGUGGCCGGAGCCCUAGGAGGACUAGCAUUGGACGGAGGUAUAAAAUAUGAAGAGGAAAAGAUUGCAGAGAGCACAGAGAGUGAAAUUGCUGCAAGGGAUGAUUACGGUAAAUACCAGCAUUCAAAGUAAUUAAUUCCUUACUCGAUUAUCAUCAAUGUUGUGUGCCCAGAAAUCUGCAUGAUUGUAUAUUAGUAUCCCUCAAGAAAAAUGUAACUAUGAAUAAUCCAUUGCAAUGGAAUCUAGCUUGCUCCUGUCUUGAGUACGUUAAAGAAUCUUCAAUUUCAUUGUGCACAUUUUAGAGUGAACAGAGUAUUGUUUGCAGUGAGUUAACAGAAGUUUGGUGACUAAGUUUGAGUGAAUUCUUUUUUAGUUGAAGAAUGAAAAUUUAAUUAAAGGCUCC